AAGUAUAAGAAGAAGGCGAGUUGCUGAAAAGAAAAUAAAAAAUAGGAUAAGUAAAUCUUGACAUUUAGCUCGAGCGGGUAUUAGCUGAAGUUGCUCCCUUUCACGUCUUUGAAUAGAACCCUCUGUCACAAUGCACGUUUCCAAGUUGAUCUUCACCAUUGCAGCUAUUGCUGGACUCACCCUCGCCGCUCCAGUAGCCAAAUCUGAUAAAACGGUCACAAGAGAUGCAUCUUCCCCUCAGCUCUACUCGGGUACCAGGAACAUCGUGAGCAACGAUAAGAGAACGGAGGCACUCCCUCAGCUGUAUGAGCGUCCCAAAAAUGUCGUGGUCAGUGAGAAGAGGAAGGAGACACUGCCUCAACUGUACUCCGGUACCAAGAACAUCGUGAAGGAGUAGAAACUGGAGAGAGUGAUUUCAUUAAGUCGAGGUGCUUGGUUUACGGAGAGCGAGACGCAAGAAAUGAGUAUAAUACGUCGAGUUAUUUUUCAUGGAAUGGUAGUCCGCUGUUUUCAUUAUAGCCCAA